CUGUUUAUAAUAAUAAUCGAUUUUGUGUUAAUUAACUGUUGCAUGUUCAUUUUUUGUUUUUAAGAAAUGUGAAUUAAGUUCGAUUUAUUGCAUUUACACAAUUAUGCUGCGAAAUAGUAAAAACCAAGCGCAACGCCUUGUGCAAUUUACGCGUAGUUGUGCAGCAGUUAAGCAGCCAAACAAUAAGAAACCAGAAAAUGCACAACCAGCAAAGUCAAAAGGAUUGGAGCUGCCCGUAGAAGAAUCUUUAAAUCCCAGUUACUUGGCGCGAACAUUGGGCAGCACAUAUCGAACUUGGGCAGCUGCGCUUGAAAAGCAUCCUGAACUGAAAACAGUUAAGCGAAAAGAUCUACUUAAUUCAUACGAUGCAUUGAAAUACUUAAAAUACACAGUAGAUGAUAUUGUCAUGAAACCCAUGAUCAUUUACUAUGGCGCCUCGACAUUGUCUAAUCGCCAUAAUGUGCUUAACGAAUGCGGUUUUCACAACAUCACUAUUCAAACACUAUUCAAAUAUAUCACAGUCAUUAACAAGUCCAUCGGUUUCCUGAAAGCACAUGGCUUGCUACCCUACGAUUUGAAUGUGCCACAGCGCCUAGCUGACAGCUUUACAGAUGCCCGACUGCCAACUAACUUCCAGAUGUCACUUAACUUUGGUGAGAACAUCACGUUGAAGGAGCUGCGACAAUCACUGCUCAACACAUAUUUGCAGGCACGAAUGCAAAUGGAUGAGACAGAACUGCAAAAAAUGUGGCGAGUCUAUUCCCGUGUGCGGCACAAGAGUUUCCAUUCCGUGCAGGAUACCAUUGAGUUGCUGACCACGGUAUUAAAAUUUCCCGCCGAACGGAUUCGCAAGAAUGCUUUUCUUUUACACGCGGAUGCGGACAAUGUACGUCGCAUUUUAAAGGAGAUACCCACAAUCAAUGGGCUUGAUAUACGCGACAUUGGUUAUCGUCGUCCCAAGAUCCUUAUGUCCAAUUGUGAUAGUCUUAAACAAACUUUGGACCAUGUGCGUGCGUUUGGUAUCACUGAGGAUGCAGUACUGCGUUGUCUAGAAGUGCUAACACUUGGACCCGAUACAGUGCUGGAGCGACUACGCGAUAUCAAUCAAAUCGAACAGUUUGAAGUUUUGGGCAGCAAUCCACGUAUAAUGCGGCUGGUGCACUAUCAGAACAAGGCGCGUCUUCGUUUGGACUAUUUGAAUCAGCUUAAGGUGCGAUGCGCCUCAUUGCACAUACUUUCCUGCGGAUCGGAUGCCUUUGCCAAAUUUGCUCGCGAUGGUUCAGAUCGCACCAAGGGACGUGAUAUUGUCGUAUAUUUGGGAAACAUUAUGCAGAAAGACGAGCAGUUGCUGCGCAAUCUGUUGUCGCGUCAUCCCAACUGGUGUCACAUCCCUGUGCUGCAAGUGAAGCAAUGCCUGGAAUAUUUGCAAAGCAAGAAAUUCGGUCUGGAUGAUAUCUUUCAAAACAUACACCUGCUGCUAUAUCCCAUCAAACGUAUUGAGGAGAAAUUGUUGCUGCUACAAGUUAAAGAGGCUUUGGAGGAGCUGCAUCUGCCAAUCGUCAACAUGCAUGCAAUGAACAAUAAUGAGAUUUUAACACUCAUUUUGUAUUUAAUUGAAUCUGAGUUUCAUUUCACCGGCGAUGGAAUUUGGACAGAGCAACAUACGCAUCAUGUGGAGAAUUUCAAUAAUCUGCUACCCGACUUUCCUGAAAGUCUUAACAAAGUGUAUAAAUAUGGGGUUAAACCGUCAGAGAAGGCGUCCAUGUUUCACCUAUGAACUAAUAGUAGCAAUAAGUUUCUUAAAUUGUUGAAUAUAUUCUAGAUAUUUUGAAAUUUAUUAGUAGAAGAAUGUAUAUACAAUUACCAUUAACAUUGAA